AGUCUGGAGGUUGCAUGGUACGUUCCGCACGUGAGCCGGGUGCUGGGCUGGCUGGCGACGCGCGUGCCCUGUGGCCAAACAACUGAUCGGUGAGUGCAAACUACCAGCACCGUGAGAGGGAGGGAGAGAAAGACGGGAGUGAGUCGCAUUUGGGUAGGGAGAGACAGAGAAACGGAGAGCGGAGAGAAGAAAAACCGGCUUCGGCACUCCCCGCCACCGCCGACAACGGCACAAGAAAAGACCAGGCUGCAUGUGCCACCGUUUAGCCCAAAGAUCUUCCAAGACAGCAUCAUCCCGCAGCGUCCAUCAAAAGCGGCAACCACCACCAGCACCACCACCAAAAGGCUGUUGCCAAACAUGGACGAAGGGAUCUCUCGUUUGCCAGAAAGACAGUUACUGGAGCAGAGGGACUUCAUCGGGCUGGAUUAUCCAUCCUUGUACAUGUGCAAGCCCAAGAGAGGCAUGAAGAGGGAUGAGAGCAAGGAAACAUACAAACUGCCACAUCGAUUAAUAGAGAAGAAAAGACGAGACAGGAUUAAUGAGUGCAUUGCUCAGUUGAAAGAUUUAUUGCCGGAGCAUCUAAAACUGACAACACUAGGGCAUCUGGAGAAAGCUGUAGUUUUGGAAUUAACUUUGAAACACUUAAAAGCUUUAACAGCCUUAACAGAGCAGCAGCAUCAGAAGAUAAUUGCUUUACAGAAUGGAGAGAGGUCUUUGAAGUCUCCUUUGCAGUCUGACCUGGAUGCUUUUCAUUCGGGAUUCCAGACAUGCACUAAAGAAGUCUUGCAAUACCUUUCCAGAUAUGAAAGUUGGACUCCCAGAGAGCAGCGCUGCUCCCAACUCAUCAACCAUCUGCACUUGGUUUGCACUCGGUUCCUCCCCAGCCCCCAGCUCUUGACUCCAAAGGUUUGUGGGAGCAAAGGACUGUGCUCCACCUCCUCUGCUUCUUCAUGUGUGCAGCAAAGUCAUGCUGCUCCAAAGCUAGAGAGCCAGCCAAACUGUGUGCCAGUCAUCCAGAGGACUCAGAAUAGUAAUAAUAAUAAUAAUGCCCAUCACCCUAACAGUAGUGUGGAGCUUGGUGGAGAGAAUGAUACAGACACUGAUAGUGGCUACGGUGGGGAGUGUGAAGGGAGGCUGGAUGGCGAGAAGAGCCAAGGCAACCUGAUGAUCAAGCAGGAGCCUUCUGGGGAUGAGGCACCUUCUGCAGCGAAAAGGCUGAAGCUGGAUUGCAGCAGCAGCCCUUCUGCGGUGCUGAGCCCAGAUCAAGCAGCAGCUGCCCUCGUGAGCCCUGAUCCAGCCCUGAUCAGCUCCUUGAUGGGGUUUGGAGGUCUGGGGGGAGGAGGAUCUCCCUUUGCCCAGCAAUCUGCUGCUCCCUUCUGCCUGCCUUUCUACUUCAUCUCUCCUUCAGCAGCAGCUGCCUACAUGCAGCCGUUCUUGGACAAAAACAAUCUGGAGAAAUAUCUUUACCCAGCUGCAGCCACUGCUGCUGCUCCCAUCCCCUUGAUCUACCCAGGAAUUCCAGCUCAGGCUGCUGCAAGUGCAGCAGCAGCCGCUGCCGCCUUUCCCUAUCUCUCCUCUGUGUUGGCGCCGGCAGAGAAAGCCAGUCUGGCUUCAGCAACCUCCUCAGUCCUCCUCUCACCCGAUGUGGCUUCUCCUACACAGCACCUUCCCCAUUUGUUUACCUGCAACUCAGCUGGGCUCAAUGUGGACACGGAUCUCCCUUCCCAAGAACAGCCUUUGCAGUCUGCAGAGGAAAAUCCUUGAGCGAACAUUACAGCUUUUCUAAAGGAAACCACACAGUUCAUGCUUCCUACUUAACAGGAAGGAUCCAUCGCUCACAAGAAUGAGAAGCAAGCCCUCUCCCCCUUUCUUAAUGGGUUUAAGGGAAAGCUUACAAGGCUGAUCAUUUAUUCUCUCUUAUUUAAAAAAACUGGUCUUUCCCCACCCACAUAUCUUUUGGUUCAUCUUUAUUCAACCACAGUUUUUCAUGCUUUUUAUAUUUCUUUAAAAAACUUAUUCACAAAUUUUGUAAUGCUGCAGAAUCCCAAUUCCACCCCCACCCCCAUUUCAGCUGAAACAAAAGCAAAUGGAAAGGCUCCCUUAGAGAGUGGGAGGAGGGAGUGGAACUUCCUUCAUAAGAGAAGGAUGCUUAACAUUUCAGAAGGUCCAAGGAAAAGGGGAGGGGGCUGCAGCAUCUUGAACUGGAAAGUCAAGAUGUGGGAUAUAUAUCAUACCAAUACCAUAAUUACAGGCACUUUAUUAAUGCUUAUGUAUUGUAUAGAUUGUAAUGGAACUGACUCAAAGGGGAAUAACGCAGCAGGAUAUUCUCCUGCGCAAGUUCUAUUGACUAAAUGGAAGCUAUUUUAGAGUGCUGAAGUGCACUUGUGUUAAUUUCCCCGGGGUUUGUCAGGAAGGAUUGUGCUCAUAGCAGGGCAAGCUUAAGCAUAAAGUGGUCCAGAGCUAUAUUAAUUCAGGCGGAAAUCCAGUUUCCUGGAGUAAGCCCCAUUGAACUUACCGGGGAUGUUCUUCUGAGUAGAUUUAUGUAGGAUAGCUCUGUGAGGCUGCAGUCUUGUGCUUGCUUACCUGUGAGUAAGCCCCACUGAAUUUAGUGAGAUUUGCUUGAGUAAGCAUACCUAGGGUUAUGUUAGAAGUUUGCAAUUUUAAUAACAAUUGCUUUGAAGUCAGUUCCAUUGAAAUCCAAAGGAGCAGCUCCCAAGUCAAUGGGCAAAUUGCUUCCUUUGGAAUAGUUCCACUGAAGCCUGUGUCAUUACUCUGGAUAGGAGUAAGUCAUUUUGGGAAUGGCAGCCUAAAAAUUCCAGAGAAUUUGCUGCACCAUUACUGACUUCUUAAUUGGUGGCUCCAUACAGGAAUAAUUGGGUACAAGCCAGUAAAACUUAAGUGCAUCUCAACUUCAUUGAAAUCACUGGGGCUGGCAUUAGAUCCUGUCUGUGUUUAUUCAGAGCUUAGGAACCAUUUCUUUCAAUGGACUAUAUGUUGCCUUUGUCACAUGGAAUGUCUGGAAGAUUUUGAUUAGUCCAUUGUGGAGAAAUGGGAGGGGGGGAGAGGAAAAGGAGGUAAGAAGAGCUUUUACUUUAUAAGCAAGCACUUUAUUGAGAAACAGACCAUGAAUGAAUUGACCUUGUUUAUAUCUCUUUGUUGUCAAGCUUGCAUUUAUAGAGCUGCUCCUGACAUAAGGUCAAGGGGUCAGAGAAUGCAAGAACUGUCCCAUGAUGCAAUUUAUUUUUUGCUAAAGCAAGUGCAUUUGUCCAUGUCUUAUUGUUUAGUUUUGCAGUGUUCCUGAUUUUAAAUUACCUUGUAUGUGAAGGAACAGCACUGCACUGGACUAAAAAUAAUAAAGAGACAUCCCAUACUACUAACAGCACAAUCCUAUGCAUAUUUGCUCAGAAAUAAGGCCCACUAUUGUCAGUGGGGCUACUCCCAGGUAAGCAUGCAUAGGAUUGCCACCUAAUCUAACCUUGAAUUGUAUCCCAAAGGAAUAGAUAGGGUUGCUAAAUUUUUUCUUGUCCUGCUCUUGUGCCUUUAAACAGUGGUCUAAACCCACAAGGCCAGAUCUAGCUAUAGUUGUGCACAAGCUAAUGGCCCCAGAUGGGAGUAUGCCUUCCCAUCAGCAGUAAAAGACACAUCCACCCAUUCAGUAGUCCCAGAAGAACAUCAUGUUGUGACUAAGAACAGGAAGCCUGAAUCUGCAUCAGUUCAGUGUGUGGUUCUCCUUUGGUGGUUUGGGGCAAAAGAAAGUGCAGUUUUUCCUGGCAUGGAGGUUAAAACGAAGGGAAAAGCUUUGCUGGCUUUAAUAUCUGCGCAUCAGGCCACAGUUAAAAGGCAGAGUUGCUAAAUAAGCUGAAAGAGAUAACAAAUUGUAAUUAAAAAUAGUGUGUUGGUAAUUGGGAAAAGGUGGGAUAAGGAUUCUUAGCAAGGUCUUUCUGUCUCCAAAUAUCCCAGUUUCCCUUUCUGUGGACUGUUGCCAGACACCAGAUAAUCACACAGCUAAAGCUUUGUUAAUAAGGCUUAAGCCAAGAACCUUCCCUAGAUAUUUUUAGUUUGUUGCCAAGGUAGCACUGUGAGAAAUCUCACUUGAAUGUUAUGUAAGAGGUGAGACACAACAGUCUGACUAUGAGUGAAUAUGCCUGAGUCUGUUAGUCAUUUUGGGUGCAUUUGCUGCUGCUGUUGCUGCUGUUUGCCUCAAACGCUGUGUUUCAACAACGUUGGUCCUUUUUAAAAAAAAUCUUACUAGCCUACAGAGUGGCGGUAUGUAAAUAGUUGUUAAUACAUUCAAUUAAUGAUGUCCAACAUGCUAUUUUUUUAGGAAGAAGAUAUGUGUUAAUGAUAAUUCAGUUAAAAUAUUUCUUUUGAGGAGGAACUGCUGAAAAAAAGUUGCACUUUUGUUACAAUGCUUAAUGCUUGGUACAAGCUUAUGCUGUCUUAAAUUAUUAAAUUAAAUAAAAUACUGUUUGCAAGAAACCAGCUGUUUUAAGAACAGUUUAAGUAUGAGAGAUAUUAGGAAUCGAUCUUUAUACUCAUUAUUUUCCAGCACUCCAUGAAUUCUGCUAUAAAAAUAUUUCCACAAUAUUUUGUGAUUUAAACACAAAUUCUUACUAAAAAAUAUAAAAAAACUUUAAUAUGCAAUAUGGGUUGUCUAGUAAUUAAAACUGUUAAAAACCUCAGAGAUGGCCAUCCUUCAAAGAGUCAUGUGAACAAUGACAUCUUCGAAGGCCUUUAGCAUAGACAGGGUUGUUUCUUUCUGAUUUUUGAAUUAAUUUUCAUUCAGAGACUCCUGAAGCCACAGAAGUCUGUGUGGUCACAACAGCCCUUAGGGUGGGGGCUUCUGCAAUUACACAAAACCACUGCUUUACAAAACAUGUUCUCACAAAUAACAGCUCUAUGUUAGUGGAGUCUAGUCAUCCCCCCCCCAAGGGGCUUCUGUAAAAAUGUGACACCCUUAUUUGCACCAUCACACUUUCCUAUUUACAUCAGAUACUUUUAUUUGCUCGGGCAGACUUUGUUACUUACUUUAGAACAGCUCUCAAUACCCUGAGCAUGCACUGCUAGAGUAUCUCCAAGUUUUAAUCCAAAUUUUAAUGCAGAAUUGCACCGUGUAGUUUGGUUUAUAGAUAUACAACUGAAUUUCACAAAUGGGGGGAAAGGUAGGUUGGCUCUUAAUGAAAUCUACAAGCCCCAUUUCCUGACCCUUGACCCAAUUUUAGUCAAAUCAUGCACCUCUGUGGCCUUCUAAAAACAAUACUUCAGGGGGCUGUCACAAAAGGCAAGAGAUUCAGGCACCCACCUACCCACCCCAGCCUCAGUAAUUUGAGCACUGAUGUUUCCUUUUAAAUUGUAUUUGGCCCAUACACCUUGAGUGUUUAGCACACAUUGUCAACAAAUGUUAGGAAAGCUCAUCAGGAACCGAACUCACCAAACAUGGCUAUCACACAACUGUCUUAAAGGUUGGUUUGUACGUUGGAUUGAUCAUGUUGGUACAUGAUAUGGCUGGAAAUUGCACAGCAACAGCUGUUACCCUCUGCCAUGGAUAUAAAACUGAUAAUGGAUAAAACUAUGGUUUGGGGGACUUCAAGUUUGCUCCAGAUUUGUCUGCAUGUUAGAGGGGCUGUCAAAUGGAUUUCAACUUGUGAGGGGCUUAGGCAUAUUGCUUCUGAUCCAACUGGACCCAAAACCUAGUUAGUGGGCCAUUAACAAUUCCGGACCAAAGCAACCAAGUAACAACUUGGUUUUUUAUUGUAACAUUGUAUUUUAACUCUGUUUGUACACCGCCCAGAGAGCUAUUCGCUAUGGGCGGUUUAAAAAUGAAAUGAAAUAAAUAAAUAACUUGGUUAAUGCAAACAUCAGCUAUGUUCAGCAAAAAUAAAAUAAAGCACAAGGAGAAACUUGUAGUAAUUUU